ACAACGUUAAAUGGCAACUACACGACAGCGGCAACAAUGUUAGAUGGCAAUAACACAACAACAGUGGAAACAAUGGUAAAUGGCAGCAACACAACAACAGUGGCAACAACGAUAAAUGGAAACACAACAACAGCAACAGCAACAACAACAUUAAAUGGCAACUACACGACAGCGGCAACAAUGUUAGAUGGCAAUAACACAACAACAAUGGCAACAGCGUUAAAUGGUAAUGACACAACUACAGCGUCAACAACAUUAUACGGCAACAACACAACGACAGUGCCAUCAAUGUUAAAUGACAACAACACAACAACAGGAGCAACAACGUUAAAUAGUAACUUCACAACUAUAACUGCUAAUACUACAACAUUGAAUGACAACCCAACAACAGCUAAAACAUCGAAGGAAACAAUCAACAGCACAACAGUUACAGCUGAUGUAACUACAGGAUUUGAUGGCAACACAACAUCAACAACUGCAGUACUAAUAAACAACAGUUCAACCACAGCUACGACUACAAUCUCAACAAGCAACAGUCCGACCACCACUGAAACAACUCCAGCAUCAAAAAGCAACAGUCCAACCCCAGUUGCUACAACCACAGCACUUAACAGUAGCAGUGCAACAACCACUGCACCAACUGCAACUUCAAACAGCAACAGUCCAACCCCAGUUGCUACAACUACAAUCUCAACAAGCAACAGUCCAACCACCACUGAAACAACUCCAGCAUCAAAAAGCAACAGUCCAACCCCAAUUGCUACAACUACAGCACUAAACAGUAACAGUGCAACAACCACUGCACCAACUGCAACAUCAAAAAGCAACAGUCCAAUCCCAGUUGCUACAACUACAGCACUAAACAGUAACAGUGCAACAACCACUGCACCAACUGCAACAUCAAAAAGCAACAGUCCAACCCCAGUUGUUACAACUACAGCACUAAACAGUAACAGUGCAACAACCACUGCACCAACUGCAACAUCAAAAAGCAACAGUCCAACCCCAAUUGCUACAACUACAGCACUAAACAGUAACAGUGCAACAACAACUGCACCAACUGCAACAUCAAAAAGCAACAGUCCAACCCCAAUUGCUACAACUACAGCACUAAACAGUAACAGUGCAACAACAACUGCACCAACUGCAACAUCAAAAAGCAACAGUCCAACCCCAAUUGCUACAACUACAGCACUAAACAGUAACAGUGCAACAACCACUGCACCAACUGCAACAUCAAAAAGCAACAGUCCAACCCCAAUUGCUACAACCACAGCACUAAACAGUAACAGUGCAAUGACCACUACAACAACUGUAGCAUCAAAAAGGAGGAAACGUGAAGUCCAGCAAAUCAGCGGCAGUAUGGGACAAAGCUGCAAUGACACAACGUCGCUUUUUCAAGGAAUGGAAGUGAACUGCUCCAUAAAAUCCGAAAUAAAUCAGACCAAGUGCACUGUCAUGCUUCAUCUGAGUGGCAAAAUACCAUCAUGCUGUAUCCUUCAAACACUCUGUGGAGUUAGUAAAACAUCGUCUGAUAUUCAUGUGGUGGGAACCAGGGCAGAUCAACUGAAACCGCUUCAAAACGAGUGCGAUAGUAACUCAAAGGAGCCAAACAGCUGCAUUUAUUGUGGUCCACUGGGUGCGUCAUGCGUGGAGUCUGGACCUACAUAUGUCAUUCCAAGUCCUCUAACAGACUGUGAUACAGGGAAUUCCUGCAACUGCACUUCCUACUGCAACAAAUCUGAUGCCUACUACACUUUUUCCAUUUCACUAAAAGAUCCAACAAUGAACUCUUCAUUUGUUUCAUCUCUGAUUUCUAUGUCGGCACUACCACCAAACUGUACCACUGGUAUAAAUGUUACAUGCCCAUUAUUUGCCAUGAUUGCGUCUGAAUACAGGAGCGCCAGAGUUGACUGUGAAAUGAUGGGAACAAAUCAAAGCUGCCGAGUGAUUUUGGGCUUUGCUCGAGAAGUCCCAAUUUGUUCAGUGGCAGAAGCUGUUGUGGAUGUGUUUCGACCUGAAGAAAACAUCAAUUAUGAUGGGCAAGUGAGAAGAGCAGCGAUCUGUGGAAGCAUAGAAGUGAAUGCCAGCUCACUGAACUCCCAGUUUGCAUAUAGGCCUAUUGACUAUGACUCAAAGUCAGAUAAUGUUUGUAUGGAAACAGAGGAAUCUAACCAAUUCACAUGCAAAAAUGAUGAAAACGUGCUUGUGUAUUUGAAGGAACACUGUGAUGUCAAUGUUCUAUCUACAACAGUUAGCCCAAAUGUGACAAUUAGUCCCAAUGUGACCACCCUGAAUGCAACAACUAGCUCAAAUGUGACAACCCUGAAUGCAACAGUUAGCCCAAAUGUGACAACCCUGAAUGCAACAGCUAGCCCAAAUGUGACAACCCUGAAUGCAACAGUUAGCCCAAAUGUGACAACCCUGAAUGCAACAGCUAGCCCAAAUGUGACAACCCUGAAUACAACAGCUAGCCCAAAUGUGACAACCCUGAAUGCAACAGCUAGCCCAAAUGUGACAACCCUGAAUACAACAGUUAGCCCAAAUGUGACAACCCUGAAUGCAACAGCUAGCCCAAAUGCGACUAGCCUGAAUACAACAACUAGCCCGAAUGCGACUAGCCUGAAUACAACAACUAGCCCAAAUGCGACUAGCCUGAAUACAACAACUAGCCCAAAUGCGACUAGCCUGAAUACAACAACUAGCCCAAAUGCGACUAGCCUGAAUACAACAACUAGCCCAAAUGCGACUAGCCUGAAUACAACAACUAGCCCAAAUGUGACUAGCCUGAAUACAACAACUAGCCCAAACGCGACAGUUAGCAUAACAGAGAAACCAACAGUACAACCAAGCAACAACACCUUGACACCAACAACAACCCCCAAAACACAAGAGAACACAACACAUUCUCUGACCACAUCUGGUGCUGGAGGAAAACCAUCAUCAAACACAACUACAACCACUGCAAAUGGAUCAGGUUCUGGGACCACCUCAGCGACAAAUGGAACCGCUGAAAGCCAAGCCAGAGAACUGCUUGCACGGACUCAAGAUGUGUCAAAUCUGACCGCGGCUCAGAUAGAUCAGCUGGUUUCACAGCUGGAGAAGCUUUUGUCAGGCCCAAAUGUCAGCAAGGAGCUGGGAGACAUCUCUGUCAACAUUGUCAGCAAUCUUCUGGGUGCUUCAGCUGAGAAGCUGUCAAGUUCCUCCGACAGGAUUAUAGGGAUUGUUGACACAGUAGGAUUGAAGUUGGUCAUUGAAGACACCGCCGAGAACCUGCUGCACCCUUCUCUGGCCGUCUCUGUGAAACCAGCAGACGGCAACAACUUCCAGGAGACAGUUUUUUCCAUCUUAGAUCCAAGUAAUGUGCUGGUUCGCGGAAAUCCAAGGUUGAAAAGAAGUGUGUUAAAAGACUCAUCCAACGCUCAGGGCUCCAUAACUCUGCCCUCAUCUCUGACUCAAGAUCUAACCACUGAGGAAAGGCAGCUGGUCUCCAGAGUCCAGUUCAAUUUCUACCAGAAGAGCACAGUCUUCAAGGAUGAUUUGUUGGGAAAACGCAGACUUAACAGUGGGAUCUUGGGGGCAAGCGUGGCUAACCUGUCAAUCAAAGGACUGCAAGACAGUGUUGUCAUUCGCCUGAGAAACACAGAACCUGUUCCGGCUAAUUUUGUGGCAGUGUGUGUUUUCUGGGACUUUACAAUCAACAAUGGUUCUGGUGGCUGGAGCUCGAACGGCUGCUUUGUCAAAAACACGACAGACGAUGAGACAGUUUGUGCCUGCAACCAUUUAACCAGUUUUGCCAUCUUGCUUGACCUCUCCAGAGAGCCCAUCAUAAGCCGUGUUCAGGCCACCAUCCUCACCUUCAUCACAUAUAUCGGUUGUGGACUAUCUGCCAUCUUCCUGUCCAUCACUCUCCUCACUUACUUGGUAUUUGGAAAGCUGCGUAAAGACACCCCAUCCAAAAUUCUGAUCCAGCUUUGCGUGGCUCUUCUGCUCCUCAACCUGGUCUUCCUGGUGGACGCUUGGCUGGCUCUCUACCCACAAGCUGUGGGCCUCUGCAUUUCCACAGCCUGGUUCCUUCACUACUUCCUACUGGUUUCCUUCACCUGGAUGGGGCUCGAGGGCGUCCACAUGUACUACGCGCUCGUGAAAGUCUUCACGGACAACCUAUCUCACUACAUGCUGAAGUUCUCAUUGGUGGGCUGGGGAGUCCCAAUGAUAGUGGUCAUUAUUGUGAUCGCGAUUGACAAGGACAACUACGGCCUCGUGUCCUAUGGAAGGUUUCCAGACGGCACUAGUGAUGAGUUCUGCUGGAUAAAAAAUGACAUCGCCUUCUACGUGGCAGUUGUGGCGUACUUCUGUGUGAUGUUCGUCUUCAACUUCAUCAUGUUCAUUGUAGUUUUAGUCCAGUGGCAUAAGAUAAAAAAACAGAACCCUCACAACAACAGGCACCGAAGCACCUCACAGAAUGUACGCAGCAUGAUCGGGAUCACUCUCCUCCUAGGCCUCACGUGGGGGUUUGCCUUUUUUGCCUGGGGGCCUGUUAAUCUGCCCUUUAUGUACCUCUUUGCCAUCUUUAACUCCCUACAAGGUUUCUUCAUAUUUAUUUUCCACUGUGCGGUAAAAGAAACCGUCCGAAGGCAGUGGAGGAUAUACCUGUGCUGCGGCAGACUGAGACUCCCAGAAAACUCAGAUUGGAGUCGCACUGCAACACAGAAAAACACAAAGAAGUCUCCACUGACCUCCUUUACAUCCUCACAAGGCCGCCAUCCAUCCAGCUCCUCUUUUCUUGCGACACCUACACGAGAGUUAAGUGGCAUUGGAAAUCCAAUUGAAGACAGAAUAAUCACAGCUGAAGAACAGAGGACGGAUGUGGUUCUCAACGAGAUGAACAGAGAGCUGAGGAGCCGGCGAAGUUUCUGAUCUGCAAAGACAGCCUUUUGACGCACUCGUUAUUGAAAAUGUUUAUGGUGUAAAUUAUCGGAGAAUAUUUAUGUAUUGUCCAUCUCCCAUGUUAUAUGCAUUUAAAUGAUUUCUAAGAAAUUUUAAAUCUGAAGUUGAAUAGUUGUUGCAUACUAUAACCCUUGUCCUUUAACCUAUUUUUAUAUUUUAUAUACAAAUGUAUUUAUUUAUCAGAGUAAAAUGUAUGAGAUUUAACGUUAUGCACUUCAUAACAAUUGUUGCAUUCAAACAGAAAAAUAAAGUUCACGUACGAGCUGCACCUAUA